AUGGUCCCAGAGCCGGGCCCCACCAACACCAGCACCCCGGCCUGGGGGUCGGGGCCGCCGUCGGUCCCCGCAGGCAGCGGCUGGGUGGCGGCCGCGCUGUGCGUGGUCAUCGCGCUGACGGCGGCGGCCAACUCGCUGCUCAUCGCGCUCAUCUGCACGCAGCCGGCGCUGCGCAACACGUCCAACUUCUUCCUGGUGUCGCUCUUCACGUCGGACCUGAUGGUGGGGCUGGUGGUGAUGCCGCCGGCCAUGCUGAACGCGCUGUACGGGCGCUGGGUGCUGGCGCGCCGCCUCUGCCUGCUCUGGGCCGCCUUCGACGUGAUGUGCUGCAGCGCCUCCAUCCUCAACCUCUGCCUCAUCAGCCUGGACCGCUACCUGCUCAUCCUGUCGCCGCUGCGGUACAAGCUGCGCAUGACACCCCCGCGUGCCCUGGCGCUCGUCCUGGGCGCCUGGGGCCUCGCUGCGCUGGCCUCCUUCCUGCCCCUGCUGCUGGGCUGGCAUGAGCUGGGCAGCGCGCGGGCACCCGACCCCGGCCAGUGCCGCCUGCUGGCCAGCCUGCCCUUCGUCCUCGUGGCGUCGGGCCUCACCUUCUUCCUGCCCUCGGGUGCUAUCUGCUUCACCUACUGCAGGAUCCUGCUGGCUGCCCGCAAGCAGGCCGUGCAGGUGGCCUGCCUCAGCACCGGCAUGGCCGGCCAGGCCUUGGAGUCAUUGCAGGUACCCAGGACCCCACGCCCAGGGGUGGAGUCGGCUGACAGCAGGCGUCUGGCCAUCAAGCACAGCAGGAAGGCCUUGAAGGCCAGCCUGACACUGGGCAUCCUGCUGGGCAUGUUCUUUGUGACCUGGCUGCCAUUCUUUGUGGCCAACAUAGCCCAGGCCGUGUGUGACUGCAUCUCCCCAGGCCUCUUCGAUGUCCUCACGUGGCUGGGCUACUGUAACAGCACCAUGAACCCCAUCAUCUACCCACUCUUCAUGCGGGACUUCAAGCGGGCCCUGGGCAGGCUCCUGCCAUGCCCCAGCUGUCCCCAGGAGCGCCAGGCCAGCCUCGCCUCGCCCUCCAUGCGCACGUCACACAGCGGCGCCCGGCCCGGCCUGAGCCUGCAGCAUGUGCUGCCACUGCCCCUGCCACCGGACUCAGAUUUGGACUCAGGCUCAGGUGGCUCCUCAGGCCUGCAGCUCACGGCCCAGCUGCUGCUGCCUGGAGAGGCCACCUGGGAUCCCCCACUGCCUACCAGGGCCGCUGCUGUGGUCAACUUCUUUGACAUUGAUCCCAUGGAGCCCAAGCUGCAGCUGCGUCCACUUGGUUCUCCUAUGAACUGA